AUGCAGAGCAUAUCUUCGUCCGCGUCGUCCACGUCGUCUGCUACUAUGUCCGUCGCACCACUCGCCACAGGUCCCGCUAGAACUUCGUUCACUCUAACCCAACCCUCCCAACCCUCCGCUCACGCCGCCACAUCAAAUCCAGCAGGCGCGACAGCUCUACCUACACCGCCCGAACUCGAACAGACCCUCGCUCUCCUCUCUUCACACCGCUCUGUUCUCGGCUAUCUUCUUCUUUCACGCGACGUCGCCGAUGUCGAACCAACGUCCUCAAUGAAGGAGCCACAUAUGUUCGGUAUCAUAAGACAUUCGGGCGUCGUGUUCGAAGGAGAGCAGGGGAGGAGAUAUGCGAAUGCUGUGGGGCGGAUUGUGGCGAGCACGCAGGCUGCACUGGAGGAGGUCAGUGAGGAGAAGAACGAAGGGGAUGAGAUCCGGUUUAUGAGGAUUCGGACGAAGAGGCAUGAGAUUAUGAUUUCGCCAGACAAGCGAUAUCUCCUAGCUGUCCUACACGACCCAACCACAUAAAUCGUUGUCGGUGUAGUCCACCUGCGCCCUCUGCCCUACCACUUCCUGUACAUACCCUACCGCACCCUUCGCCGACCCAGCUUACACCCUUAACGAGCAUCGUACCCAUGACCCGUCACCACUGCCCUGUACGUGUACUCCGCCUGCGCCCUCUGAAUAACCGCUGCUGCCGCCUCAGACCCUGGAUUACAGCUUCAUAAUCGCCUUGCCCUUCGUUUCUUUGCGGAUACCAUUCCUUAUGUCUUUAUCCUCACGUUUCUCACUCUGCACGCAAUGUAUUGUUUAAC